AUGGAGUUUCAUUAUCCUUCAGCAUAUUCCACACCGACUACUUUAAAUAAUUUACAAAUGAAUAAUCAUGAAAAAAUCAUUUCUCUUCAGAAUAUGAAUGAUCCAUUCAAUAUGUCAACAAAUUCUCUCCAUUACAAUUUAAGACAUGUACCAUCCUGUUCAUCUGAACUUCAGUAUAAUCAUAGCAUUAAACAAUAUGAAGUACAAGAAGUAGAAGAAGUAGAAGAAGAAGAAGAAGAAAAAGAAGAAGAACAAGUAAAAGUAGAAGUAAAGGUGAAAGAUCAUGAAAAACAUGAAACUAUGAAACAAUUCGAUGUAUUUGAUAUAAGUCCACAAUUGAAUUUUGGUGAAUCAUCAUCAAGUAUUGAAACAUUUAAUAAUUUAUCAAGUUAUUUUAAUCCAUCAAAUGAAUAUAACACUCAUAUAGAUUGGUUAUCUCAAUUAUCACAAACAACAACAACAACAACAGCAACAACAACGAAUUGUGAAUCAAUUUUAACUAAUAGUAAUUGUAUAAGUCCGUCAUGGAAACAUAAUGAAUAUGUACAUUAUUCUUAUACAAAUUGUUCAACAGAUAUGAAUAUACCACAGCAACAAGAGCGACAGUCACAACAACAACAACCACCACCACUACCAUCACCACCACCACCACCACAACAACAACAGCAACAGAUAGAAUAUCAACAAAUUGAACAGAAAACAUUUCAAGAAUUUCAUAAUGUUCAAUAUAAUCAAUUAGAUGAAAUGUUAUAUCAAUAUCCAAUUCAUAAUAGUUUCUAUGAUCAUAUUAUAGAACCAUAUGAUACUAUAGAUAUGACUAAACAUAUUCAAUCUAUUCAAAAAGGAUUCAAUAUAGAUCCAUAUAAUACAUUAUAUGAUACUCCUAUUCAAUCGUUAGAUACUACUUAUAUUAAUAAUAAUAAUAAUAUAAUCAAUAAUCAACAUAUUACACCUAUACAUCAUAAUGAACAACCAAUCACAUAUCCAUUGACUUAUGAUGAUCAUGAUCCGGAUCAUAAUGAUCAUAGUGAUCAUGAUCAUCAUAAUAAAAAAUUACCAGUAGAUACAACAUUUCCUAAAUCUCAAUAUUAUUUAAUUAAUAAAACAAAAAAUCAAUAUUUUAAUUGUCAAUUAUGUUCAUUAGAAAAUUCUUAUCCAUUAAUAACAAAAUCUCAAUCAAAUUUUAAUCAAUAUAAUUGGGAAAAUUAUCCUCAAACUAUAAUCAAUAAUCAAUUUAAUUCUAUCUAUGAAGAAAAUAUAAAUGAUAAUCAAUAUUUUCAAGAACAUUCUACACAAAUAUUGAAUGGAUCUUAUUUACCAUCUUAUAAUCAAUAUAUCAAUAUUUAUGAUAAUCAUAAUCAUGAACAAAAAAGAAAACAAUAUAAAAAACAUAUAAAUCAUGAAACAAUCAAUUAUAAAAAUCGAUUAAAAUCAAUAUUACCCCAGCAACAACAAGAACAACAACGAUCAUCAUCAUCACCAUCUUCACAACAACAACAACAACAACAACAACAACAACAACCAUCUAAAGCGACAACAACUACAACAACAAAAUUAACCAAAUUAUUUCAUAUUACUCAUGAACAAUUAAGUAGUUUACUUCCAUUUAUAACAUGUAAUGAAAUUCAUGAAAUAUUGAAUCAAUUUAAUCCACCAAAUACAAUGGCACAAUUUCAAACGAUAUGUAUUAACAAUAAGGAUAAUAAUAAUCAUCAUAUUUAUUUUCAAUUAAAAGAGCAAAAAAUUUGGUCAGAUAUAUAUUUACAUAAUACUGAAAUGAUAGCUACAAAUACAGGAAGACGAAUAUUUCCAUCUUUAUCAGUGUAUGUAUUUGGUUUAAAUCCAAAUGAUCAAUAUAUUUUCUUAUUGGAUAUGCUUUUAAUACAACCACAUAUAUUUAAACAUCAAGGUGAUCGUUGGAUUAUUAGUAGUCAAUCGGAAGUAUUAAAUCAUUCUCAUACAUUAGAAGGUAAAUAUUAUAUUCAAGAAGAAUCCCCUAAAACUGGUGCAUAUUGGAUGGAAUCUGGUGUCAAUUUUACUCGGGUUAAAAUUACAAAUACUAAAGAAAUAAAACCCUAUAAAAACAUGAUUCAUGUCAACAGUAUGCAUUAUUAUAUUCCAAGAAUUUCUGUUGUUCGUUUGAAUCAUUUAAUGGAUAAUCAAUCAAAUUAUUAUCAUCCUACAUCUAGUUCAUCAGAAAUAUCUAGUCAGUCUAAUCAAUUAGAAUUAAUUGGUUCUUAUAUAAUACCCGGUACACAAUUCUAUACAGUUACAGCUUAUCAAAAUCCAGAUGUGAUACGUAUAAAGAUUAAUAAUAAUCCAUUUGCUAAAGGAUUUCGUAAUCGUCAAGAUACUGAUGAUUUUAAUGAUUUAGCUGUUUUAUCUGUUAUGAAUUCAAGGAACAAGUAUAUGACAACAAUAACACCAACAACAAUGUCACCAUCAUCAACAUCGUUAUCAGUAUCAUCGAUUAACUUUUCCAAAAAAAAACACAUCAACUAUUCAAAUGAAAAUUAUCAAUGCUAAUUUCAAUCUGUAUUGUUUUGUCUUUUGGUUUGUUA